AUGAACUUAAUCAAACAGUUGGAAGAUAUGGCCAAUCAGUUAAGAAUCGAUUCAAUUGAAUCGACAAAUGCGGCCAAAUCAGGACAUCCAACCUCUUGCGCAUCGAUCGCCGAAUUGAUGUCAGUUUUGUUCUUCCAUACAAUGAAAUACUCGGUUAAAGAGCCGAAGAGUGCGGCCAACGAUCGGUUCAUUCUAAGCAAAGGACACGCGGCGCCCAUACUGUAUGCCGUGUGGGCUCGCACUGGACUCUUCCCCGUCAGUGAUCUCAUGAAUCUAAGAAAACUGAACUCCGAUCUCGAGGGACAUCCGACGCCUCGAUUAAACUUCGUUGACGUCGCGACCGGUUCUUUAGGACAGGGGCUAAGCAUUGGCGCCGGAAUGGCAUACGUCGGCAAAUAUGUGGACAAAAGUCCGUAUCGAGUGUAUUGUCUUAUAGGAGAUGGAGAGUCGGCCGAGGGAUCCAUUUGGGAGGCGCUGUCUUUCGCCAGUACUUAUAAACUCGAUAAUUUAGUGGCCAUUCUCGAUGUGAACCGACUCGGACAGAGCGAACCCACGGCUUUUGGUCAUCGCAUGGAAAUAUAUCUGAAUCGACUGAAAGCUUUUGGUUUUGAAUCCAUUGUAAUCGAUGGCCAUAACGUUCAGACAAUUGUCGAAACCUUUGACAAAUGCGCCAAAAUUAAAGAUAAACCGCAAGCAAUCAUUGCCCAGACAUUUAAAGGCAGAGGUUUUGUAGGAAUUGAGGACAAGGAUGGCUGGCACGGCAAGCCUUUG